AUGCAUCCGUUUCUUUUUUUUUUUCUUUUUUCUCUCCUCUACCUCACCUUUUGUUUUUUCCGUGUGUGUAUAUGCACAGAGAUGAUAAUUUUGGAAUUUUUCUUUUUUCCAUUUUUUUCCUCUCUCCCUCUUUCCCUUCCUUUUUUAAUCUGUUAUUUUUGCUCGUGUUGUCCUGCAAGGAUAAAAAUGAGGAAAACACAAAGCAAAUCUACACGCCAGAAGCGCAAAAAAAACACUUCAAUGGACCUCAGAGUCGGAGUCCUUGGAGAAAAGGAAGACAUGAAGAGUAGUCGCGGCGGUAUCUUGUUGGAGACACGACCAUCCCCGGAGGCGUCGAAUCCUGCGCGCGAGAUCUCGUUGAACUCCGACAUGCCGCCUUCCAGCAGGCAAUGCGAUGGUGCGAAGCCCGCUUUUAUAGUUGUCCAAGAAGGAAAGAGCAGUGAGGUUGCAGAACAGGCGCAGUUUCUUCAUGUUCGUUUUUUUCUUUGGCCGAUUGUGCGCGGUUGCCGCGGGACUCCCAGCAUGGAGCAUUUGACCCCGAGGUUGCAGAAAAUUGCGCAAAGUGCUGCGGCUGUGUUUCCGGCGGGUACAACAUUUGAGGUUCGGCGUGAGGUCCGCAUCAAUCGUUGCUUAACUCUAAGGGAUCGCACACACUGCAGUAAUGUUUACUCAAAAAGUGAUAUUUCAAAGCGGAGGAUCACCCUAUGCGAGGAGCAUCGAAUUUUGCGUGAUGAGUACGCAGCUUCUUUCUCUCCUUGCGACAACCUGCCGUUUGACAUAGCGUUCAUAUUUGAUCCCACAAUCCGAGCAGAGGUGACACAUUAUACGAACAUGCGGCAUACCUUAGAAAGGGAAUCAAGUGUGGUUCCAGGCACGUACUUUGUGGCGGUGUUUAAUGGCACGGAGAUAUUUUCUAUUCGUGAGCUCGUGGAAGCCUUUUUUCGUGUCUACUUGGAGAAAACCGAGGGGGAAAUUGAGGAAAAUCACCCUUUCCCCCUUGUUAUCCCCCCGAAGAAGGGCACAUAUCACGAGGUGUUUCAUUCGAACCGGGCAGAGGAGUUUGCUUCGGGGCAGGAAGAAUAUCAUGAGGAAGAGAUCUCAAUCCCGGUGGAGUUGGUGUCACCCCGUGUCUUUUUAGAGGCAAGAGAGCAUCAUAGGUUGUUAGAUGGCCCUGUGCAACAGGUUUUGGUUUGUGACAGGGAAUUGGGUGUAAUGGUGCUGGGCCACGCAAUUGACAAGCGUAUUCUCGGUCCUCCGUCACGUCCACCGACGGGAUCCACGCGAUCUAUAGACUCUAAAGAGAUGGUGCAGAGCAGGAGUCAAAUAAUAAAAAAGAAACCGCAUGUGAUUCUUGAAGUACCAUCACCAAUCUUACCGCCAUUCAAGCUGUGGCAUCUCACCGGUGCCAUUGUGGAGGCGGUCGGUCUCUUUACUCGUCCUUAUUCAUCCGUUCCGGAGUUUCGGGUUAGGUACAGCACUCAUGACGAUGAUGAUGUUGAGAUUUCACAAUGGGCACAGAAAUCAAAGAGGAAGCGAGAGAGAGAGGAUGCGUUUGGCACCACACACAACAUUAUGACUUUGGAGGAUGCCCACCAGAUCUUAUCUGGUGCCCAAGAAAAGGAGAGGUCAAAGGGAGACCAGGGAACACGAGACAUAUCCUUUUCUUUCAGUAACAAUGGCAACUCGACCUCUUUCAAUGGAACCGUGGAUGCUUUUAGAUUGCAUGACGAGAUGGGCCCAACACUCGGAUGGCUGUUGCGCUUUAGCACGGCGUUUGCUUUUGCUUAG